GAACAUAUAUGCGCGACGAGACGGACUCUGUUUGUAACAUAUCUUGUUUAGCAUUCGUGAUCGCUCACUUCUUCCAGCAAUCAGCCAUUGCUUGCUGUAGAAUGCACAGGCUCCUAGACUUUAUAGACAAUCCCUAUCAUCAUCAUUAUAACAUGAACGCACGUGAAAUUGCACGCGAGAGGUAGCCACGACGACAGCCACGCUGCCUUCGCCGCACCGGUGGCAAGAACCCGAGCAGAGACCUGCCAGAAGCAACGACAAAGGGCACCCUAAAAAGCCUGGGGCAACUUCACUGAAAAUGGCCGACGAGCUGUCUUGGCACGAGGCACUCUCGAGGCUCGACUUAGAGCGGGAGUGCUCGGCGUACCCGGACACGGAGAAGAUCUGCUGGCUGUGCGACGAACUGGCCAAGUGGAACGACGUCCUCGCUCCGCUGAGACUCCAUAUCGUGGAGCACAUACCCGGAUACUUGUGCCUGCGCACGCGGCCGGGAAGCAAGAAGCCGAAGAUCACGAACAGUCCCUACAACGCGGCCUACUUCCUCGCUUGGCUGCCGAGGAAGCACCGGUGCGUCGUCGCCGUGAAGUUCGGCCAAGGCGAAAUGGAGCUGGACCGAUCGACCGUGCCCGCCUCCUUGUACGAGUCUUACCCGAACGUGCGCCAAAUCGCCAUAGGAGGAAUCGGCGCGUUCGAGUGCAGCUCGCUCAUGAACUCCCUGGGUCGCGUGGUGAAACUCGAGGCCCUCCUCUUGGACGAAGCCACCGUGGGCGACCCGCUGUCGAUCGAACUGGGCGCGAUGCUGGCGGCGAACGCGGCCACCGUGCGAACAGUCACCGUGACCAGGACCUUCAUAACCGGCGGCGCGUCCAACAUUCUCGCCGACAGCAUUUCUAGAUGCCGGAACCUGAGGGAGCUCACGUUCAACGCCCACUUGGACUUGCAAGGGCUGAAGUACUUGAACAAUCUGCUUCAGUCGGCCGACCGCCUCGAGAAGUUGUGCUUGAGGGAAGCGCUGAACACCACAAUCGAGCCCACCGAAGACCCGCACAACGAGGAGCUCCUGGCCACCGUCGCCGGCCUGGCUCAGAGGAGUGGGUCCGUGCUGUCCGAGUUCUGUUACCACGCCUACACGCACGUCUUCACGAGCGUUCUGAGGGGCCUCAAAGCGAGCACGGUGCUGAGACACCUGGAAAUCAGCAAGUGCGACUGCGUGACGGGCCCGACUGUCGGGUCGCUGCUCAGGUGCGUGCUAUCCUCCUACGCGGGACUGCACUCGCUCACCUUCAGGGCCUGCGAGUUCGACACCGCGGCCGCCGAGCUGGUAGCGGCCGCUCUGGAAGAGAACGUCACGCUGAGGCAGCUGAUGGUGUGCGACGUCAUCAUGAACGUGCCGCAGAUGCAAACUCUGCUGAGAGCUCUGGAGAAGAACAAGACGCUGUGGUUGUUGCAAGUCGACUUCUUGGCUGCUUCGGAGGAACAGAGGUGGAUGCUGUCCGCCCAGCUGUGCCAAAAUGACCUCUACGCGCGCGUGCAACUGCCAUGGGUGAACUCGGAUGCCCAGUACCUGAGCGCCAUCCUGGGCGAGCCCCGGCUGUGCCCCAGCCACUUGCAGCUGAACGCGGGGCGGCUGAGCGACGCCUACUUCGCGAUGCUGUGCCGGGCCCUGUCGGGCUCCUGUUUCGUGCGGUGCCUGUCGGUCAGUCUCUGGCGGGCCCGUCCCGGACAGAUCGAGAACCUUCGAGAGGCCCUGAGGGCGAACACGUCGAUCGUCGAGCUCAAGCUCCACGACUGCGAGAGCCCCGGGUCCGCGGUCAGCGCCUCGGUGGGCCUGCGAGCCAAUCGCGGGGUCGCCCAGCUGUGCGUCAUCUGCAGCGACGCCAUGAAGCCCUCGUCCGCCGACGAGUUCGCGUCCGUGCUGGCGGCCAACGAGUUCCUGAGCGACGUGGAGCUGGUGUGCACGCGCGAAGUGAGCCCCGAGUGCCUGGCCGCGGUGGGUCGGGGUCUGCUGCAGAACCGGAGCGUCGUGUCCUUCUCGGUUCGCUCCAGGUGCAUCGCCGAGUCUUCGACUCGCCACAUGGAGGUCGCCGUGCAGAGGAACCUGACCCGGCUUCACCGGGCCGUGCGCUUCGUGCUGGAGCGGGACCGCACGAAGCCGUUCGCGGAGGCGUUCGAGGUGUACGAAAAGAAGGCGGUGCUCAUUCUGCGCGUGAUGGCCACGGCGGGCAUGAGCGAGGCGGAGGCGAUCGCCGCUGUGACGUCGGCGCGCCGCUUCAUUCGGAGGAACUACUUCUCGAUCAACAACGUGGUCAGUCGGGUCAUCGAGUGUUGGCCCGGAGAGGGCACGCAGAUCGACGCCCUCAACUACGACUGCUGGUUGGCCAUUGCAGAGCACUUGAAAGUAUCUGAUAUUGUUCAUGCAGGAUCUCGUGAAGAUUAGGGGUGAUUAGGGGCAGUGUGUGGUUGGGCCGGAGGUUCGGACCCUCUAGUCCGUACAUGCGCACGAGGAAUCGCUGCAUCAAGGGUGCAUUUUUCAGUAGAAGUUGCUGAAGUUUCAUAUUUAUUAAAAUGUUUGUAUUAUUUCGCCAAA